GGGGAGUGCGCGGUGCCUGCAUCGCUGCCGGAGGGACCGUUCUGCUGCUGCUGCUGCUCCUGUUCCUGCUCCUGCUCCUGCUCCUCCUGCCGCAGCCCCGGCUCGGAGCCGCUCGUUCACCUGCUGGAAGAGCCGCGGAGCGAGAGCCGAGCCGGGCAGGGCUGCUCUCACCUGCCAGGGCUGCUCUCACCUGCCAGGGCUGCUCUCACCUGCCAGGGCUGCUCUCACCUGGCAGGGCUGCUCUCACCUGCCAGGGCUGCGCUCACCUGCCAGGGCUGCUCUCACCUGGAGAGCUGCGCUCACCUGCCAGGGCUGCGCUCACCUGGCACAGCCUCCCCCGGCCGCGCACCGCACCGAACCCAGCGCCUCCAGCACCUCCAGCACUGCGGGCUCCUCCUGAGAGAGGAGGGCAGAGGAUCCCCAGCCCUGCAGCCGGCCAGCCCUGCUGGAGUCUAACAGGUGUUCGCUGGGGUUGCCAUGGGGAGGGCACGGGCGGGCAGACAGGUUCCGUGCCGAAGUCGGGGCUAGGAGCGAUGCGAUGGUCCUGCACAGCCCCGAGCAUGUCCCGCCUGUGAUCCGCACAGAAACGCUCCCCUCUGCCUGCAAACCGCCCCCUGCGAGCGGCUGGGAGGAAUAAAACAGCGCCGGGAGCGAACGGGGAAGAUCCAGAGGAGAAAGCCGCCGGCGCUCCGUGCGGAGCGGGGCUCCGUGCCCGUCCCACGCGGGCGCUGCUGGCCGGGCCAGCCUGGCCGGAGUGUCCCCAGCCGCGGGGACAGGGACAGCCCAGCCGUGUCCCCCGCCGCGGGGACGGCCCAGCAGCAUGCUGGCCACCGCUGGCCAGCGGCCCCCCCGCGCCUGAGCCGUGGCGGCCAUGGCCGCAGCCAUCGCCAGCUCCCUGAUCCGCCAGAAGAGACAGGCCAGGGAGCGGGAGAAGUCCAAUGCCUGCAAGUGUGUCAGCAGCCCCAGCAAGAGCAAGGGCAGCUGCGACAAGAACAAGCUCAAUGUCUUCUCCAGGGUCAAACUCUUUGGCUCCAAGAAAAGGAGAAGAAGGCGACCAGAGCCCCAGCUUAAAGGUAUAGUAACAAAGCUGUACAGCAGGCAAGGAUACCACUUGCAGUUGCAAGCAGAUGGAACAAUUGAUGGAACAAAGGAGGAAGACAGUAGCUACACUUUGUUUAACCUCAUACCUGUGGGCCUACGAGUGGUGGCGAUCCAGGGGGUUCAAACCAAGUUGUACCUGGCCAUGAACAGUGAAGGAUACCUGUACACAUCAGAACAUUUUACACCUGAAUGCAAGUUCAAGGAGUCAGUAUUUGAGAACUACUAUGUGACAUACUCCUCCAUGAUCUACAGACAGCAGCAGUCUGGCCGGGGCUGGUAUUUGGGUCUUAACAAAGAAGGAGAAAUAAUGAAAGGAAACCACGUGAAGAAAAACAAACCUGCAGCACACUUUCUUCCAAAACCCUUAAAAGUGGCCAUGUACAAGGAGCCCUCCCUGCACGACCUCACCGAGUUCUCCCGCUCGGGCAGCGGGACCCCGACCAAGAGCCGCAGCGUGUCCGGGGUGCUCAACGGGGGCAAGUCCAUGAGCCAGAACGAGUCCACGUAGCCAGGCCAGCCCCGGCUCUCAGGACAGACCUUACCUCGGGAUGCAGUUCAUUCUCCUCCAGCUCUCACCACCCUCCAGCCAGGACAGGCUCUGGCUCCGUCCCCGUGCCAGCAGAGCUGCUGGUGCCCAGGAGCAGCCAGGCAUGCCGAGUGUGCCUGGGGCCCGCCGGAGCUGGGAGCAGCAGCACUGCAGGCAGCUCCAGGAGGAAAUGCCCAGCUCUUUCUCUCUCUCACUUCUUUCUCUCUUUCUCUCUCUCUCCUAUGCUUGGUGGAAAACAAAACAAAAACGUUUCACAGCGUUCACUGCUGAUAAGAAUUUGCUUUCCAACUCAGAAAAAGACCACUUUUGCUCUUCAAAGGAAAUUUUAAUGCUUGUAUGUUUUAUAGGGGCAAACAAAAAACAAAUAUGUAAACUCUGUUGUUUCCUUGGCUUACCGUUUUAUAUCUAAGGCUUGAUAAAAAAAAUGUUUCCUUUAAUUUGGAAUAGUGCAACUUUUUGAUUUCUGAACUCCAAUGGGUCUUUAAAGCUGUGUCUUUAAAAAAAUAAUUCAAAAUUCAGGGUUGGAACUGAGAGUUGGUGUCUCAGGCUCAAGCAAACAGUGUUCUUGUGGUUUUAAACACAACGAAAUAUAAAUUUUUAUAGAUUUGUAGUUUCUGGUAAAGUUCUUGUGCUAACCCCAGUCUGUAGGAAUUGAGUUGUUUUGUUAUCCCAAGUGGAAGUUAACAGAAAGGGAUAAAAUUAUCCUCCAGUGUAGAUUUCUCUUAAUUCCAUUUUGUGUGUCAUGUUAAACUAUCGUUGUGGCUUCUUUUCUAAAGACAGAAACUGUGGAAUUAAGGUGACUUAAUUUUUUAUAAGAAACGUCUUAUUUGUAAAAGUCCUUUCACUGUAAGGGGCACGUGAGUGUAGUGUAGGAGGAAGUAGGACAGGUUACCCCUAAACAACUUAUACUUAUACAUGCUAUUGGAAACAAUUGUUCAAAAAUGUAGUUAGGUUUCCAUUUAGGCCAUCAUGUCUGUUGCAUGGGAGAAAGUUGGAAUAUUGGCAUAGAGUUGCAUGAUGUGUAAGAUUUUGUGCAUUAAUCAUCGUUGGAUUCUGUGCUCCAAACCUGAAUUAGUUCUGUCCAGGCAGCUUUCUGCCUGGUACAAAAAGAGUUGUUUAUUAUUUGUUGUAUACACAACCAUGCACUGAAUAAACUAUUUAUAUUAAGAUGUACUUUUUAAAAAAGCUUGUUUGAUUAUAUGCUGUACAUCCAUGGUUAAUUUGAAGGGAAAAGGGUUGGCAAUUAAAUGAUGAAGUUAAAAGAUGCUGUAA